AUGGGAGGAAAUUGUUCAAAUUGUAUUUAAUGUUAAAAAGAUAAAACGGAAUCAAAUAUUGAAGUAAAGGUAACUAAAAAGUCAGAUAGUUAAAGAGCAUAAUCUUAAUCACAAUAAUCAUGUCACAGUUUAAUAGAUGGUGUAAUAAAAUUGAAUUUAUAGAAAGAAUGAUGUAAAAUAGAUAAAUUGUGCUACAAAAGAAUAAAAUAAUAAAAAGUUUUCUGAAUUUUCUGUUAAUCAAGAGAUAGAAAGAAUGAAGGUUAAUUUUAAUGACAAGGCAAUAGUGAUACAAAAAAUUUGGAAAGGUCAUAAAGUUAGAUAAAGUUAUAAGGAAAUGAAGAAGAAAUUUUAUCAAUUUGAUAAGGGAAAUGAUAAAUAAGAAUAGUAAUAAAUUGAUUUAGCAAAAGUAGUUAACAAAGAUAAAAAGAAAUACUUUAAUUAAUUAGAAUUUGGAAGUAAUAUUAGUAUUUGUUAAAUUAUAAGCGAAUAAUGUGAGUAUUGGCUAAUAAAGAGAGAAACGACCCUUAUUUGUUUUUAAGAGCGGUGCUACGUAUGAGGGAGAAUGGUUAGGAAACAAGAGAGAUGGAAAAGGCGUCUAAAUUUGGAUUGAUAGANUAUUUCUAUAGAACUAGUUACAAAUUAAAUUCAUAUUGUUUUCUCUUUCAUUUUAAUAGAAAAUUUUUAUUAAAUUUAUCAUAUACCAUUUUAUUUUAUAAUUUAUGCAAAUAUUUAUAAAUUUUAUUAAUAUCAUUUUCUUUUAUAUUUUUUAUAGAAAAUCUUUCAUUUCCCAUAAACUAUUAUAUUUUGAAAUUGAAUAAAUAGCUUAUAAAUUUAAAUAGAACUCAUAAUGA